CCCGGUCCCCACCCUGGUUUCUUUAAAUACCCACCACCACCAAGGCGAACCGUUACACGGGAAAGAAACGGGGAUGUGUUGACGUUAGUCGAUAUCUUCAACAACGUGAAUACCUUCACAUUUUAGUUUUUAGACUUCUAACAUGGAGCUGGACCGGCGGUUGUUGCUAGCCCACUGCACGGCUCACGCCCUGUCGAUGGUGGCGGGCUUGCUGGUGGUCGUCCCCAUGGCUCUCAAUGGCUCCGCGUUCAAAGGCCGAUGCGCACUCUUCUCCGCCGGCUACUGGAGGACAGAGGACCGGGCCGAGCUGACGGGGCAGCCUGAAGACGUGUCUCACCUGGUGGUACAGCAGUGGGGCCCACCGGCGGCCUGCCAGUUCGUCACAUUUGUCGGUAUUUUUACGGUGCUGUACGGGGCCGCGCAGAGCUGGAGAUGCCUCUUCUAUCUGCACGGACGCCAUGACGACACCCUGUUUUCCUCCUUCCUGACGGUGCUGCUGAGUGUGUGUGUGCUCUUCCUGUCUGGAGGGGCCAGUGUUAUCUUGUCUCUGGGUUUGGUCUCCUGGUGUGACACCGUGACUGAUGACAACACGCGGCCAUACAGCUGUGCAGAGUCCCAGUCCGUUCCCCUCUACUUGGAUGUGGACACCUCCUCUUUCUACACAGAGCUCAGUCUGGCACAGGUGGGAGCGCUCAGACAGUAA